GAAGUAGCCUUGCGUGGCGCUCUCCCGCCUCGACGCCGGGGAGUGUGGCAUCCAAGAUGGCGGCGGGGCCCAUCUCUGAGCGGAACCAAGAUGCCACUGUGUAUGUUGGCGGCCUGGAUGAAAAAGUCAGCGAACCCCUCCUGUGGGAACUCUUCCUCCAAGCAGGACCAGUGGUUAACACUCACAUGCCCAAAGACAGAGUCACGGGCCAACAUCAAGGCUAUGGCUUUGUGGAGUUCCUCAGCGAGGAGGACGCGGACUACGCCAUCAAGAUCAUGAACAUGAUCAAGCUCUAUGGGAAGCCCAUCCGGGUCAACAAGGCCUCGGCCCACAACAAGAACCUGGAUGUGGGGGCCAACAUCUUCAUUGGCAACCUGGACCCCGAGAUCGACGAGAAGCUCCUGUACGACACCUUCAGCGCCUUCGGGGUCAUCCUGCAGACCCCCAAGAUCAUGCGGGACCCCGACACGGGCAAUUCCAAGGGCUACGCCUUCAUCAACUUCGCCAGCUUCGACGCCUCGGAUGCCGCCAUCGAGGCCAUGAACGGGCAGUACCUUUGCAACCGCCCCAUCACCGUCUCCUAUGCCUUCAAGAAGGACUCCAAGGGCGAGAGGCAUGGCUCAGCCGCCGAGCGUCUCCUGGCUGCCCAGAACCCACUUUCUCAAGCUGACCGGCCCCAUCAGCUCUUUGCAGAUGCUCCUCCCCCUCCAUCCGUGCCAACCCCAGUUGUUACCACCUUGGGGCCUGGCGUUACCCCACCAGGGAUCCCGCCGCCUGGUUCGUUCCCUCCACCGGUGCCCCCGCCAGGAGCCAUGCCCCCAGGAAUGCCUCCAGCCAUGCCGCCCCCACCUAUGCCGCCCGGCGCCGGAGCCCCAGGACCACCCUCCGGAGGCGCUCCUGGAGCAGCCCAUCCUCCCCACCCACACCCUUUCCCUCCCAGCGGGAUGCAUCCAGGGAUGCCCCAGAUGCAGGUUCACCACGGGAUGCCCGGAAUGGGGCCGCAUCAUCCAGGUCCCCCUGGAGCUGGGGGCCAGCCACCCCCUCGCCCUCCUCCUGGAAUGCCUCACCCUGGGCCACCCCCCAUGGGAAUGCCGCCCAGGGGGCCUCACUUCGGUUCGCCGAUGGGUCACCCUGGCCCCAUGCCGCCCCACGGGAUGCGGGGCCCUCCUCCCUUGAUGCCGCCCCAUGGCUACAACGGCCCCCCUCGCCCCCCUCCUUACGGCUACCAGCGAAUCCCUCUCCCGCCACGUCCCGCCCAGAGACCCAUGGUGCCUCCACGGGGGCCCAUGCGGGGCCCGCUGCCCCCUUAGGACCCCCACAAGGAACCUCCUCCGCUCUCCGUCUUUCUGUUUUUCUCUUUGGACAAACAUUCCAGCAAGUCGUGUCUUGCUUCCCAGUCUAUGCAGGGAAAAAAAAACCUGGUUUUGCUCCUCUAGUAUUAUUAUUUGUUUACCUUUUUAGCUUUUUAGUGCCCUUGCUUCAUGGAACGGGUUUUUAGAUCCCCCCCCCCCUCUUUAUUUUAUGUCUCCGAAUUCUUCGUGAAACUCAACGUAGACAAUAAAUAAAGGAUGGGAAGAUUCCUCUCCGAA